AUGAACACCGCAUUUGCUGACGCGCUUGGCGUCAGCGGCACCUGGAAUCCGCCGGCUAAGGCAAAAUAUUGUAAGGAACGACCUCAGGGUAGAGGACGUUGCAAGAUCAUGUCACGAUACAUCGACCGUCAGCCGGUGCACCCGAACCCUCGACCGAUGAAGGUCAUCUUGUUGAGCUUUGGUCGAAACGCCACAUUGGGAUUCUACUACGCACUCAAGAUCCUCGGCUACAAGCCCUACCAUCAGCUUGAAGUCUUCAAGAAUGGCGUACCCCACCGUGAUCCUGAGGCGUGGAGGAAGUCCGUGGCCAAGACUUUCCAGCCACUGGGCGAAUUUUGGCUGUCGCCUAUGAUUCGCCUGGUCGGAUUGUUUGACUCGUAUACGUACUACAUUAGCAAAUUGACCCACAGCUUCGUCUACGUUCUCUAUGGUGGGUAUCUAGGGCCUGACAAACAGAAGGCUCAGCGCGAGGCCGUCAAGGUCUAUGAGAGACAGAUUGUCAAGGAGCUGAUUCCAGCGGAUAAGCUACUCGUGAUCAAGCUUGAGGAGGGACUUGGAUGGGACAAAAUCUGCCCUUUCCUUGGUCACGACAUUCCAGAUGUUCCUUAUCCCAGGGUCAACGAAGCAGCAGAGUUCCAGGUCAUGGUAAUGAAGGACAUGAUAGCGUCGUGGAAGAAGACUGCUCUCAAGGUUGGAAGCUUUCUUGUUCCCUUGGUUGGGGCAUCGAUUUGGCUCUUGAGGCGAUCUUAG